GAUAAAUUGAUAUCUGAAGAGGCCAUCGCUAAAUCAAAACCAAACAAUUGAUAAUACAUUAAUUGGUUAAAUUUAUGUUGAAAACGCCGCAAUAUGAUCUGUCGCUUGUGUUUAAAAAACAUAAACGCAAACAAUGCCGUCUAUCUGUUCGAAACCAACGACACCCUAGCCGAGUCCUCCCUGCUCAAGAUGAUAGCCAAAUUUCUGCAGCUCGAGAUAAUGCCCGAUGACAACAUCUCGACGAGCAUCUGUCAUGAAUGCUGCGAGCAUUUGGAGGAUUUCAACAACUUCUGGCAGCUGGUGGAGCAAAAACAGGGAACACUUAAAAAGGAGUUCCUGAACGUGGACGUCGACUGUGUCGCCCUCAAAUGGACGGGCAUCGAUGUCGAUGUCAAUAUUGACGAGUUCCCACUGGUGGCCGACGAGAUGGACGAGAAGCCAUUGGAUAUACACAAUCUGAAGCUGCUUGGCAGUGUACUUGAUAUUAAUGUGGACACCGUGGAGUUGCCCCCACUUACGUCUGACCCAAAACCAGAGCAGUUCCAGUCGGAGAAGUUUUUACAGCUACACGCAACAGAUCCCAGCGAUGGCGAUGACGAUGCCAACGGCAACAACGACAAUCAAACACACGCCACGGAUGAGAAGCCUGUGAUGCAUGAAAGCAGCGAAAGCGUGCGAAAUGCAUCCACCGAUGACGAUGAUGAUGAAGUGCCCCUGGUCAGGCUGCAGCACAAACUCAAGCCGAAACGCAGAGCACAACGCGCCAUAACGCGGCGCAACAACAAGCGAACGCUUACGCUAGCCCAGGAGCUGGAUCAGCUGCUGGAUGAUAGCGGCAUCGAUGGCAGCAGAGCGCGACGGAAAAAAUCAGCAAACAGUGAACCAACCGAUGCGCAAGAGAACGAACUGCAGGCGGCGCUCGAGCGGAAGCCGAAGGGCUGCUCGCGCGCUCAGCUAACGAAGCGCUACGAGGAGGCGAUCGCCAGCUAUAUGAGCGCCGACUGUGACCUGUGCGACUACAGCACCAAGUACCUGUCCCAGCUUAAGGUCCACUUCCUGGAGGCACAUCAGCGCGACGCGUAUUUGAAGUGCUGCAACAAGGUGUUCAAUCGGGCCUCCAAGCUAAUGGACCACAUACGCAAACACAUCAAUCCCAAGCUCUUCACCUGUUCCAUAUGCAAUAAGUCGCUCAACUCACAGGACUACCUAGCCACGCACAUCGAGACGGUGCACAACAAAGUGGCCCAGAUCGGCAAAGUGCUGAAGUAUCCCUGUCCGAAGUGUGAGCGCACCUUUAGCAGCGAGCGACGUCUCGGGAAUCAUCUGCUCAAGCACGACACAGACCAGCUGGAGCACAGCUGUCACAUAUGCCACAAGAGCUUUGCGAAUGUGCACAGACUGCGACGGCAUAUACAGUCCAUACACGAAGACCUGCAUCCGCAUGUCUGUGAUAUAUGCGGCAAAAAGUUCAAGUUUAAGCCCUCCUUCGAACGGCAUCUGCAGGAGCACCAGGGAUUCGUGGCCCCGGCCAUGGAGUGCCCCGUCUGUGGUGUCUGGCUGAAGAACGAGCACAGCCUGCGGCUGCAUCGGUUCACGCACGACAGCACCGACACCACAUGCAAGCACUGCUCCAAGACGUGCAGCUCCCGGACAGCGCUGCGCGCCCACAUCAAAUACGCCCACAAGCUGACCACAAAUCUGCAGUGCACGUACUGCGAGAAGAGCUUCAAGCAGCAGCGCAACCUGGAGGAGCACAUGGCCAUACAUACCGGCCUGCAGCUCUACAAUUGCCCCCAUUGCCCCAAGGAGUGCCGCAGCCGUUCCAAUAUGUAUGUCCACAUCAAGCAGCGGCAUGCGGACGAGUGGCUCAAGGCGAAGAUGGCCCGCUCCCACAACCCACAAUUAAAGCCACCGCACGUGUAGUUAGUUGGACUGUAGCUAUAUUGUGUAUAUCCRUUUGACAAGGAAUUUACAUUAAAUGCGUAUAUCUGGAA